AUGACGCACCGGGCCGAGGCCAGCGAUGGUAGCAAACUGACGCUGUUCUACACGAGCGCCAGCCCACUCUCGAACUUCUAUCCGUGCACAUUCGCCGUGGACGAUGAGCAGGGCAGACAUCUGGUGUUUCGCUCCUCCGAGCACUACUUCAUGCUCUCCACGGGGAUCAAUCGACCAGCAGGAUUCUUCGAUGAACAGCUGCCGAAGGCUAAAACAGAAUUUUGA